ACUACUCUGCUUCAGUGCAUAAGUGGUCACGAUGAGACUGGUACUGCCUAACCCAGGACUGGAUCUCCGGAUCCCUGACUAUGAGGAUCUGGACAGGAUGGAGAAGGAGGAGGCUGAUGACAGGCCCAAGUGGGAUAACAAAGCUCAGUACAUCUUAACUUGUGUGGGAUUCUGCAUUGGGCUUGGUAACGUGUGGCGAUUCCCUUACUUGUGUCAGAGUCAUGGAGGAGGUGCUUUUUUGAUCCCCUACCUGAUCCUGCUGGUGGUGGAAGGAAUGCCUCUCCUGCUGUUAGAGUUUGCCAUUGGCCAGCGUCUCAGGAAAGGCAGCGUGGGGGUGUGGAGAGCCAUUAGUCCUUAUCUGACUGGUGUUGGUAUAGCGUCCAUGUUGGUGUCCUUGUUGAUUGGACUUUACUACAACACCUUAAUGGCUUGGGUCAUUUGGUAUCUCUUCAAUUCCUUUCAAGCCCCACUGCCUUGGACCCAGUGUCCUCUCAAUGACAAUCGCACAGGAUUUGUACCAGAGUGUCAACAGAGCUCGACUGUGGAUUACUUCUUUUACCGAGUGACUAUGAAUGCCUCAACCUCUAUAGCUGACUCUGGAGGAAUCCAGUGGCCCAUAGUACUCUGCCUGUUAACUGCCUGGACCAUCGUCGCUAUCUGCUGCAUACGAGGCAUCGGCACAGCUGGCAAGGCGGUUUACAUCACAGCCAUUCUACCUUACAUAGUGCUGGCCAUCUUCCUGAUCCGAGGACUGACUCUUAAAGGUGCCGUGAUUGGAUUAAAGUUCCUCUUCACACCAGACGUGGAAGAGUUGAUCAAACCAACAACUUGGCUGGACGCAGGUGCCCAGGUCUUUUAUGCCUUUGGUUUGGCAUGGGGAGGCCUCAUCUCCUUCUCAAGCUACAAUCCUGUUCACAACAACUGUGUGAGAGAUGCAAUGAUCUUGACAGUUGUAACUGGCCUUACCUCCAUCUAUGCUGCCACAGUCACCUACACCAUCAUUGGCUUCAGGGCCACAGAGAAAUAUGACAACUGUAUCAGUGAUAACAUCAGGACAUUAUUAAAUGUAUUUGACCUUCCUGAAGACAGCAUCACUGCAAGCAACUACAAGGAAGCCUUGGAUCAUUUCAACAUCUCCUCACCUGGUAUUGUUCUUGGAUUGGACAUCAAACCCUGUGACAUGCAGAGGCUUCUCAGUGAGGGAGUGGAGGGAACAGGUCUGGCCUUCAUUGUGUUCACAGAAGCCAUCACCAAGAUGCCUGGUUCCCCAGUCUGGUCUGUCCUCUUUUUCAUCAUGCUUCUCUGCUUGGGACUCUCAACCUUGUUUGGCAACAUUGAAGGGGUGGUGGUCCCAUUGAAAGACCUGGGUGUAUUCCCUAAAAAAUGGCCCCAUGAAGCACUGACUGGAGUAACCUGUGUGGUCGCCUUUGUCAUCACCCUCCUGUUUUCUCUGCAGUCAGGGUUUUAUUGGGUAACUCUCUUUGACAACUUUGCUGGAUCUGUCCCACUUCUGACCAUUGGAUUUUUUGAGAUGAUAGCUGUUGUUUACAUCUACGGCAUAGACAGGUUCAAUGAGGACAUAAAAUUCAUGGUCGGACAUAAGCCCUCCAUCUUCUGGCAGAUUUCAUGGAGGUUCAUCAGUCCUCUCAUCGUUCUGAUUAUUUUAGUUUUCUACCUGGUGACACAGGUUCAAGAGGAGCUCACCUACUUAAUCUGGGAUCCCAAUUCUGAGGAGUUCCCAUCUCUGGCAUCAGUCACUUACCCUUCGUGGAUCUAUGUGAUCAUCUUUCUUUUGGCAGGAGUGCCCAGUCUGGCAGUGCCUGUGUAUGCAUUAUGUAGGCUGAUCUUUGUUUGCUGCAAUAAAAAAUAAAAUCUAAUCCAAAAAUGAGCCAAAUUUCUUAAAAAUCCACAUAUUUCAGAAGACAUUGAAAUGAUUUUUUCCAUUUUGUAGUGUUAGAUUUUUGCAUUAACAUGACC